GAGUGUGAGACUAAGAUAGCCCAGGAGAUAGCCAGUCUCUCUAAAGAAGACGUUUCUAAAGAAGAGAUGACUGAGAAUGAAGAAGAGGUGGUCAACAUACUGCUGGCACAGGAGAAUGAGAUCCUGACAGAGCAGGAGGAGCUGAUAUCUCUGGAGCAGGUGUUGAGGAGACAGAUCGCUACAGAGAAGGAGGAGAUCGAGAGACUGAGGGCCGAGAUCGCUGAUAUACAGAGUCGUCAACAGGGUCGCAGUGAGACAGAGGAGUACUCUUCAGACAGCGAGAGUGAGAGCGAAGACGAGGAGGAACUACAGAUGAUCCUGGAAGAGCUGCACAAACAGAACGAGGAACUGGAGAACAAGAACACCCACUUCAACCAGGCCAUCCACGAGGAGCAGGAAGCCAUCUUGGAACUGCGCGUUCAGCUCCGCCUCCUCCAGACCCACAAGCUGCAGGAGCUGACAGCCCCACCUCCAGCAGAACAGGCUCCGCCCAUACAGCCCAGCCCCGAGGCGAGGAGCGAGGAGCAGACCAAACGUUCCGUAGCUGCCGUGGUUUCCCCUGCAGCAGCAGAGCCAGUGGUGGUCGAAGCUAAGAACGGGAAAGCUACCACCACCAAGGAUCCCCCUAAACCUUCCCCUAGUAAAGAUAGGAGGGAGACCAACCUGUGAGCUCCUCUCCAGCUCUACACAUCCCUCUCCAUCUCUCCCUGGUCUCUAUCCAUCUCUCCCUGGCCUCUAUCCAUCUCUCCCUGGCCUCUAUCCAUCUCUCCCUGGUCUCUAUCCAUCUCUCCCUGGCCUCUAUCCAUCUGGUCUCUAUCCAUCUCUCCCUGGUCUCUAUUCAUCUGGCCUCUAUCCAUCUCCCCUGGUCGCUGCAUCUCUCCCUGGUCCCUAUCCAUCUCUCCCUGGUCCCUAUCCAUCUCUCCCUGGUCCCUAUCCAUCUCUCCCUGGUCUCUAU